UCGCAGAGGUUCGCAGCGCACAGCUGUCCGGAGUGCAUGUGGCAUAGAGUUCGAGCGAAUGGCGUACGCCUAUAAUUUCCACAAAUGGCACAUCUCGUAUUACUCCCCCACAUGACGAGCUCGGACGUCCAGCCUCUUAUAUUGCCUCGUUCGACUGUUGUCCCAGCGUGACAAUUGAAUUUGUGUUCCGCCGAAGCCAAUAUGCAAGUUGUAGCGGCACUGGUUGCCCUUUGCUUCGCUGCCGGAGCGUGUGGAAUAGGUCUCUUCAGCCAUCCCGGACGGGGACCACCUGGAUCUGAUGGACCUCCUGGGCUCCUUAGACAUCAGGGAUUCUUUCCAUUUGACCUAUGGAUACCGCCUGGACUUCGGCGCCCCCCGCACAUGCCACCAAAUCCUCCACCGGCACACCCUCUUCCUCCGGCGCAUCCACCUCCAUCAUCACCACCACAACCUGCACAACCUGAAUCGACAACACCUGGCGGAGCAAACACAGAAGCACCGUCUUCUACAGACGCUUCGGUGACAUCGCAGGAUUCGUUGGAGCUAAGCGAAGAAACUACGACGGUCAACAGUCAAACUACAGAUGUCGUCACUGAGGAGAACACCACUGCGACGCCUGGAGAUGGGCCAUCCGAAGAAACCACAGCUGAAUCAACCACCACUGAGACUUCCUCUGAAGGUACAACUGAUGAGGCGACUGCGAGCACCAGUGGCUCGGAUGGUACACCAGAGGCUACUACACAGACGGAAACACCACAGGCUUCAUCAGAGAGCACUGGAGACACUACAACUGGAACAGACACCUCGGCAAGUGCGCCGGAUGCCACUGCUGACACGGGAACAAAUUCUGCCUCCACAGACAGCGGUACGACAGGGGCUGAUACGACUCCGCAAGACUCAAGCCAGCAGGCAGCAUUAGAUGGCUCUACUCUAUGAACACAGAAAUUCUUUCAACUGUUGAUGCAGCUAGUUCAGCUGAUGAAACAAAUACCUUCUGCAAGUGAUAUUUCUCUCAUCCUCGGCAGCAGCAAUAAAGAACAAGGAAAUAAAUAAUCAUGAUUGUGCGGUUUGUA